GUUGCGAUUGUCCAAACGAGAUGCCGUAGUUAGCGAACCGCGGGGCGUGGCUGAGCGCCGCGUGUUUCCGGCGGAGAGUCUGCAGGCGAGUAGUGAUGUCUUUCGGACGGGCAGCGAAAUUUCUCUGUGGCUUUGCGGGUGGGGCGGUGGUGUUGGCGGCGGCUGGGACCGCUGCCCUGAACGCCGAGGAGUCACUCGGACGUGCCGGAGACGCCGUGCCAGGCCGACAGUUUUGGAGGUGGAAGGCAAUCCCGGUGCUCCGAGCUGCGCAGCCGGUGCCAGCAUGGGCACCGGCAAGUAGCGGCUGGGACGACAACUGGGACAAGCGUGAUCUAGGGUCACAGAGUACAUCUAAGAAGACGGAGAAUAACAGCGAGGAAACCAGUACAGAGACUGACAGCUGCAAGCCGAAAGCUACACGUCACAUCUUUCUGAUAAGGCAUUCCCAGUACAACCUGAAUGGGAGUGAAGAUAAGGACCGGGUCCUCACCCCGCUAGGACGGGAGCAGGCAGAGCUGACAGGCCAGAGGCUGGCCACCCUGGGGCUCAAAUACAACAUCCUGAUACACUCCAGCAUGACCCGUGCUACAGAGACUGCCCAGAUCAUCAGCAAGUAUCUCCCAGGGUUAGAGCUGGUGAGCUGUGAUCUGCUGAGGGAAGGGGCCCCGAUUGAGCCUGUACCUGCAAUCUCUCACUGGAAGCCUGAUGCAGCGCAGUAUCAUGAAGACGGGGCGCGGAUCGAGGCCGCCUUCCGGCGCUACAUCCAUCGGGCGGAUGCCAAGCAGAAGGAGGACAGCUAUGAGAUCAUCGUCUGCCAUGCCAACGUCAUCCGCUACUUCGUGUGCAGGGCCCUGCAGUUCCCCCCUGAGGGCUGGUUGCGCAUGGGCCUGAACAACGGCAGCAUCACCUGGCUCACGGUGCGGCCCAACGGGCGGGUGGCCCUACGUGCGCUGGGGGACUCUGGCUUCAUGCCGCCGGACAAAGUCACGCGCACCUAAGGCCCAGUCGGACAAUUUCUCACCUCACCCUGGGAGGGCGGAGUCUCCGCCCGGUUCCCGAUGCCUGCUUGGUCUUUUCUGACUCUUUAUUGAUGAAGAGAUUAAGUCACCACGCAUGGUAUUUGUGUCUUACCAGCCGCUAAUGUGUGUAUGCAGCAUCGGCA